AUGUCUUCAUCUGAUCCUGACACUGUGGCUGGUACAACCGGCGCUACCAGUGCCACCAGUGCUAUCACUGCUGCUAACAAAAUGCAACGAUUGCCCCCUCCAAUCGAGUCAUUGUUGGAGCAAAAAGAUAUUUGGACUGGUGGUAUCUUGCCAUUUCUGGGUGUAGGACACUAUGCCUUUGUGGGAGGAGUCAACAAACAGUUCAACCAACUCUACAAGGCUUACUGUGAUUCCAUAGGGGGUCCUUGUCAUACAACCAGUGACAGAGCUGCAUUCUUCAACGUCUCCUGUGCCAAAUACUGGGAUGUGGACGAUGACACAUGUGAAACUCCCUUUCGUGACCGAAUUUGCGAAUUAAUUGCCAAAGUGGGAAGUGUCCAUGUUAUGCAAUGGGCACACAAGGAAGGGUUUCCAUGGGAUUCUACGACAUGCUCUGCUGCAGCCAGAAAUGGUCAUUUGGACAUUUUGAAGUAUCUUCAUGAAAAUGGAUGCCCCUGGGACACUAUGGGGUGUGCUGCUGCUGCUACUGAAGGAGGGCAUCUUGACAUUUUGAAGUAUGCUCACCAACAUGGUUGUCCAUGGGAUGACUCGUCCUGCCGAGCUGCUGCCAGCAAUGGUCAUUUGGGUGUUUUGAAGUAUCUUCAUGAAAAUGGGCGUCCCUGGGACGAAGAGGUGUGUGAGGCUGCUGCUAGAGCAGGGCAUCUUGACAUUUUGAAGUAUCUACAUGAAAAUGAGUGUCCAUGGGAUAGCUCGGCCUGCCAAACUGCUGCCUGCAACGGCAAUUUGGAUGCUCUGAAGAAUCUUCAUGAAAAUGGAUGCCCCUGGUCCCCUCGGACAUGCUACGUGGCUGCUCUAUAUGGACAUUUGGAUGUUUUGAGUUGCCUUCAUGAAAAUGGGUGCCCCAGGGCCCGCCGGGCAACUGCUGCUGCUGCUACAGGCGGGCAUUUGGACAUUUUGAAGUAUCUACAUGAAAAUGGGUACCCCUGCGAUGAAGAAGUAUGCCGAGCGGCUGCCAGGUGUGGCAAUUUGCAGAUUCUGGUGUUUUCCCAUGAAAAUGGGUUACCAUGGAAUGAACUGGCAUGCCGUGAUGCUGCUCGAAAGGGACAUUUGGAUGCUCUGAAAUUUCUACAUGAAAAUGGGUGCCCCUGGAACCAAUGGACAUGCUCUGCUGCUGCUGGAGGUGGGCAUCUGGACAUCUUGAAGUAUGCUCAUGAGCUUGGCUGUCCCUGGGAUGCAUCCGCAUGCAAUGAGGCUGCUAGUCAUGGAAAGUUGGAGAUUCUAAAGUAUCUACAUGAGCAUGGCUGUCCUUGGGACUCAGACACAGUCGGUGCUGCUGUUGGCUGCAUGUACGGGUGUGCGGAAAUGCUAAAGUAUCUGCAUAACAAGGGGUGCCCAGGGUUGGAGGACUACUUCGAUGGUGAGGAUCUUUUGGACGAGUACCGGUACAUGUAA